AAUUUUGGCUUCUUUUGACGACAUUAUCGCAUAUCAAAGGAGGAUAUUUUUGUCAUUGUCCAUACUCAUCUUUAACUUGGCUAAAAAUAUUCAUUUAAUAUUAUUAACCCUGAAAACACACACCUCUAUAAAUUUCGAAAAAAAAAAAACACACACACCUCUAUAUAUAUAUAUAUAUAUAUAUAUAUUCAUUUAAUAUUACUGACUACUGAGAGUCUCUUCAGCCACUUUACCAUUUUAUCAGUUACUCUCCCCUGUUCCUCCAACUCUGACCAUCCCACGACUACAAUCACUACAAAAACCAAAACCCUCUGAAUGAACGAGUAAAACUGACAUUGGGACCCUCCAAGAACCCCUGAAAUCUCGAUUUCCGAGGGAAAUGGCGGAAACCCAGUUGGCACCAGUGGCGGUGGUAAUGGUGGUGGUGGUGGUGUGGAGCUCGUCGGCAAUGGUGGCGGAAUCGGGCAUAGGGGUCAACUGGGGAACCAUAUCGUUCCACAAGCUAUCACCUUCCACGGUUGUGGAUCUCUUAAGAGACAACAAGAUAGGGAAGGUGAAGCUGUUCGAUGCCGACCCAGAUUCGAUGAGGGGAAGUGGGAUUGAGGUCAUGGUUGGGAUCCCCAAUGAGAUGUUGGCUGUCCUCAGCUCCUCUGCCGCCGCUUCCGACUUCUGGGUUCGCCAGAAUGUGUCCGCCUAUAUGGUUAAGGGCGGUGUUAACAUCAGGUGGCGACAAUAUUGGGCAACGAUUACUUGAGCUAGCAUCAAAACUUAUUUCAAUAUUUUGUGUAUUCUUUUAGUUAUUAAGGAUUUAACUUUUUGGUGCCUAUAAACAGGCAUAAAUGUAUCAGUCUAUUAGUUAUGUAUGUUGUUCAAGUUUGAUUGAGUGAAUUGAGAUUGUAUUCUUCUUUUCUCCUA